CUGCGUUGUGUUGAACGCUGAUUCCUUGUUGGAUUCCUGCGGAUUUUAAAGAAAAUUUUUAGAGAUAAAGCACAGGGCUUAAUUGGAAGGCUGCCAUGGCAACAGGCACAAGCAAAACCCCUAUUUUGUUCAUACCAACAACACUUCCAGGACCUCCUGCCACACCCACAGUUCUUACAAGUCCCUCACCAGCAGCAGGACCUGUCAGCAGCUUUGAUUUGGACGACAAACAAAAAAGGUGGGUUGUGAUUGGAAUCACAUUAAACAGGGUUCUAUUACCAGUUCUCCGUGACUGUGUUGGCAAGGAACUUGCUAAACACUACACGUCAUUGAAGAGUACAAGUGGAAUACAUACACAGGUUUAUUCCAAGCACGUGAAGAAAGAUGGAUCUUUUGACUUAAACUAUGGCAGCAUUAACAACAACUGGAGAAGAUUAAAGAGAAAGGUGCAUCUAUAUGAUUAUAAAGUGACAUCUGCUGAGGAUCUGGCCAAACUUUACCUUGAACCGCACAUGGCCAAAUUUACAGGUUUUGACAACACAUGCGACUUGUCAGCACUUUUAGGAAUGCUGGCCAAUUCAUCCGUGUUUCACCCUCGCAUCCAAACAAAUGCUAAGGACGUGCGUUCCAAAGUAAGAAAUGAGUGGGGACACUGUAACUUUGAUCACUGGAAUGAACCGGACUUCAACUACAGUUUCCAACUCAUGGAGACAUUGAUUCGUUCUCUGGGGCUUCCAGUAGCUGAUGAAAUUAAAGUGCGUGAUGAACUUCAGGAUUGGGAAACAAAGGGUUUGAAAUUGUGCAUGGGUUGUCCAGUGGACAAGGAUUUGAUGAGAUUUGUCAGCAUUGAGGUGAACAACAUAGCACAAAACUUAGAGGCCCUAAAGAAAUCUAAUGUUGAUGAAGCCAAGAGGAUAGGAGAAGCUCUUGAAGACGCCAUAGAUGAAAUAACGAAAUUCGAUAAACGUAUUGCGGACAUUGAAAGUCGACUGGAGGAAGAACACCGGGUGCAAUCAGAAAAGAACAAAACUUUUUCAUCAGUAAUUGAAAAUAUUUCUAACAACAUAUCUACAAUAGAGAAACGCCAAGACACAAAUGAACAAAAUAUUUCUUUUUUAGAAGAAAGGCAUGAUGAGCUAGAAUCAGCUGUAACCUUUUUAAAAGACGGACAGGGUGCCCUAACCUCAAAGGUGGAGGUUUUAGAGCUCGGACAAACUCAAUUGGAUUCUCGGCUGAAAAAGUUAGAAGAGGGUAGUGCCAUUGCAACAGUCGAUGCUAAAAUUUUGCAACUGCCUAGUCGCAAUCAUUGCUUUUGUGGUCGUGAAAGUGAGCUACAACGAAUUGCAGCGCAACUGAAAAAUAUUGUGAGGGGUUGUUCGGAAUCAGCAAUUUGCGGCCUCGGGGGUGUGGGAAAAACAUCUCUUGCUGUUGAGUUUCUCUGGCGACAGACAGACAAGGAAGAAUAUCCCGGUGGUAUUUUUUGGAUUUCUGGCGAAAACAACAACCUUUUCCAGUUGUCUGUUAGCGAGAUGGCACGUCAAGUUGGAACUUUUGAUGACAAAGACUUUUCGAAUUCGCUGUCAAGAACCUUGGACUGGCUGCGAAGGCGUGAACAGCUGUGGUGUCUAGUGGUUGACAAUCUGGAUGAGUUAGAAAUGUCCAUGGAUAUGCGGAAGUUGCUGACUGGUCAUUGGAAACAAGCUGCCCGUGGUCAUAUCAUCAUAACCACAAGAAGAGAAGCAAAGGAAAUCGGAGAAGAAACUGGAAUCGAAGAAAGCUCUUGUAUUGAGUUGAAAUGUUUGUCAGAAGGAGAAGGAAUUCAAUUCUUGAGGAUACGAAGCGGAAAAGGCGGAGAAGACGAUGAUAUUCGUGAGAUAGUGAGAGAACUUGGCGGAUUGCCUUUAGCUCUUGAUCAAGCUGCUGCUCAUAUCCGAUCCCUUUCCCUUCGACAGCCCAUUAAGGAAUAUCUGAAGAAGUACAGGAAACAAAACUUGGUUCUCUUGAAAAAGAAGAAGGCACGUAAUCUGGUGGAAAAUACAUCACCUGAGCGACUGGCUGUUCACACAACGUGGUUGUUAAAUUUUGAUCAUAUUAGUCGAAUCUCAGUGGAGAUGGAUCUUGGUGAAACACCCACACUUGUAAUGCAAAUUUCUGCUUACUUAGGUCCUGAUGACAUCCCUUAUGCACUGCUGAACCAGGGGCUUUUCGAAGUGGGAAAUGUUGGGGCAGAAAGAGAUUUGUGGGAUGUAGCUGAGAUAGUGUCGCUUCUUACCAAGUUUUCCCUUUUUCAAAGGUAUGGGACAAAUUCGUUUGGUGUUCAUCGUUUGGUGCAGGAAGUUGUCCGAACUGAGGUAGAGAAAGAAAAAACUGAGUUGCGAGUCCUUUGUUGUGCAGUGCGCGUCCUUCAUCGUGCUUUUGCGGGUACACGCUCACCAGCAGAAGUAUGCGAGAGUUUCUCUGAAAGUGCUGUUUUCAGCAUAGAGAAUCCUCCGUCAUUACAACUCUGGGGCAGGUUGGCCUCGCACACCACCUAUUUACAGGAGCACAUUCGAAGCUUCGCAGAAAGAAAUGAACGUGACGUCGAAAGUGUACAAGUCUUGUUAAAUACUGAAGAAACCGUUCGUAUCUUAAAUGAGGCGGGAAUAUUUUUUAGCGUUUCUCAACAGAAAGUAAAAGCUCAGGCAAUGCAAGAAAUGAAGCUUGAGUUGCUAGUGCACCUUGAGAAUUCAAUCACUGGAAAGAAUGCUGAAUUGCCAUCGUACUUCAUUGAUGUACCUCUGAAAGACAAGGACUACAAGGUGAUAUCGUGCUGUAUGAGACAAUCGGCUGAGGGCGAGGUCGUGGCUGAAGAAGCUCCCUCCCAGAACUCAGCGGAGGAGGAAGCUAACCGAUUGAAAGGGGAAGGAAACAUUGCAUUUAAAAAUAGCAAGUUUAAGGAAGCCUCCGAUCUUUAUUCCAGAGCCAUUGAUUUGUGGUCGGGUGACUAUCGAUUGUUUUGUAACAGGGCCCUUUGCCAUUUGAAACUCGGGCAGCCAAACAAUGCUUUAGAUGACUGCGAAAAGUGCCUUUCUUUAAAACCUUUUUACAGCAAAGCCCUGCAACGUAAAGCUUGGGCUCUCCAAGAACUAGUUACUAGAGGACGUAAUGAGUUAAAAGCGCAAGCACAGGUAGCAUUGGCUUUGGCUGUUCAUUUUGAUUCCAAUCUUCGCCGUGAUAAAACCUUCGGUAAGAUGUUUCCAAACGUUUCAGAAGUGCGUCCUCUAGAAAUAAGCAGUGAUACUCAGUUAAAUGUUAUGAUUUUGAUGCAACAAGGAAAUUCAACCUUUUUAUUACAUGAAAGGGAAUACAAUAUACCUUAUCUCAUUUUUCAUACUGACUGCCAGGUAGUGGGUCUCGGUCCCAAAACGUUUGUAACUUGUAGAAAUUACUGCUGCGUAGUCAAAGGUGCAAAGGUUUACUUUGAGAAUAUAGUGCUUCCAAAAGGAAGCUCGCCUUUACUUUGUGAAGGUAAGGAGGGUGCUGUCCACCUGAAUCACUGCGAAAUUUCGGCAGGAUGGCCGGGUUGUGAGGACUUUCCAGAAUGCAACGGAGGCUCAGGUUGCAUAUGGGCAUCUUUGGGAGUGCCAGCUUGUGAUCGGAAUGGAAUGUUUGGAGCACCACGAGCAUCUGGUGUUGUGGGUCUGCCUGGAAUCCAAAUUGCGAAGGGAAGUUUUGCUUUGAUUGAGAAUUGUAUUAUUCAUGAUUGCGGAGGUGGAGGCGCUUUAGUUGAUGGCGAAGGUUCUCGAAUGGUUGUCAGGAAAUGCGAAGUGUAUAAAAACCACCAGUCUGGCAUAGAGGCAAGGAAUGGUGCUGAACUUGUUGCCUCCAAAAACAGAAUAUUUGACAAUGGUUAUCAUGGUGUUUUGAUUGGCCCAAAGGCCGGAGAAUGUUACAUUGACGGAAAUAAGAUUUUCGAAAAUACGAGAGAAGGAAUUCUCACUUUGCUAAACGAGACGAAAAUCGUCGUACAAAACAAUGACAUUCACCACAACAGACCCUUUGGAAUUUCGGUAGAUUCUAAUUCUCAACUCGUGGUGGUAAAAAAUAAGAUAUUUGAGAAUGGAUUCUGGGGAAUUGUUGCUAAAACGCGCACGUCAGCACACAUUGCAGAAAAUGUUAUUUCAGGCAACAAAUGCGGUGGUAUUUUUAUUGGUGUCAAUUUUUCAGGACGAAUUCAUUUGAAAUCAAACGUUGUUCGUGACCAUGGUGGCCCUUGGCUUGAGUAUGUGGACAUGAAAGGCAGUCUUUCUGUGGCUAGCCGCGGUAGCUAUAAUCCUUCCUCCCCUUUUUAUGUACCGCCUGGAGAAAAGAAUGAAAUUUAUUCAAGUCCUCCUAUUCUGGACGGAAACAGAGAAUUCAACAACGAAGAAGGCAUGUAUCAUCCCAGAGAGGUCGCUGAACGGCUCUAUAGCGGCUGCACGUAUUGUCGUCGUACACGAGAUAAGGUAGAGCAUUUUCUGAAAUGUCUGGGUUGUCACAUUGCAUCCUAUUGCAGCAAGGAGUGUCAACGAAACCACAGACGUAAACACAAGUUACUGUGUGUCGCCCUUAAAAGUCGUUAUUCUGUAGAAGUUGACCGCAUCCCAAUGCAGCUGCCGCAUACUCAGCUAAUACGGAUUUAUGGCGCUAACUUGAUUGGUAUUGAAGAGGGUCCAAAACCAGAACCUAACAAGGCGUUUAUUGUCAAGAUUCAAACUAUGGAUAUUAAUAGCCACCCAUUGCAAUUAAUGGCCCUCUAUGACAAAAGCGUCUCCGUUGAAUGUUACAUUCAAAGUCCAGCAAUCUUCAACGUUAUAUCGGACUGUGGCGCGCUUGGAGCUUUAAACAAAUCCACAAGCAAAAAGUGUUAUUUCUGGGCCAAGUUUACCGAGCGUGAAGGAAAGCUGACAAUUUUCCUCGAUCACCUUGCUCCUUUUCAAGAGUGGUAAGAAUCCACUGCAACAGUUGUGACCGUUUACAAAGCAGUAAAUGUAAAUCCAUUGAUGUUGAGUCACGUAGCAUCUUUAAUCAUCUAAUUCAUCCAAGUCUUUGUUAGAAUUAGUGUUAUUUGUAUUUAACUCUGAUUGGUUUGAACAUUUAUCUCAGAGUUAGUUCGAGGACUCGUAACCAAGCUGGGUAAUAUAUCCGUCAAUUUUUUGUCUGUGUUUAUCGUUGUGUUCUAAUAGCAAGUACUAUUCACCUCCGAGCAACCGAUCAGAUAUAAAUGUACGUCAAGAAUUUAAUUUCCGACUAUUUUUUUAUUUUUAAUUGAAAGGAAAACUAAUUUCUCGGUAUCUGUAUGUAUAUACUAAAGCUUCAGUGUCAC